AUGGAAACCAAGACCCUGAUACACUCAGGGGCUGCUAAGGAGAUGAGCUAUACUGAGAGGUAUAAUGUCGCACCGCUAAUACCUUUGCCUGAGUAUCUUUUUCAUAGAUUAUUUCAGCUCAACUGCCGUACUGUGUUUGGAGUUGCCAAUUAUUCAACUGCGAAACUAUAUCAAGCCAUAGCAGCCAGCGGGAUACAGUGGAUCCAAACGAUAAAUCAAUUGAACACAUCAUUUGCAGUAGAUGCAUACGGGAGAGCUAUCGGAGUGAGCUGCUACGUCACUAGCGAAUCUGCAGAAUUAGGCCAUGUUAAUGGUUUUUUUGGAUCAUUUUGUGAAUAUGUUCCCAUCUUACAGGUAGUCGUCUUGGAACAGUCUCAUGAUCUUGAGAGGUUGAUUGGAGAUGUUUCAAUCUUUCAUGACGUAGUGGAUGAUCCUUCUGAGAUAGACAGUUGUGUACGAACGCUUUUUUGGGGGAAACGCCCUGUUUAUAUGGGCCUCCGAUCGAAGGAUGCCACGAAACUUGUCCCCAGUAGUUCUCUAAACGGAAACAUAGCAGAUAAGAUGGGCAUAAAGAACACUUUCUUUCAAACGGACACAAUAAAGAGGGUUAUAGACAAAAUCAUUGCCGAAGUUUACGCUUCAUCAAGGCCAUUGAUCGUGGUUGAUGCAUUAAUUGAUAGAUAUAAUUACAACAGCACAAUACAAAAUUUCCUAACGGAAACAGGAAUACCAUUUGUGACAACCUUAAUGUCAAAAGGUUCUAUUGACGAAAGCUUACCCAACUUUGUUGGGACUUUCUUAGGUACCAUGUCACAGCCCAUUGUUCGAGAAUAUAUGAAUAAUGCAGAUUGUACGUUAAUUUUAGGAUGUAUGAUCGAAAACUUCAAAAACUCGUACUGUAGAUUCAACUACAAGAGUAAAAACCAAAUCUUACUUUGGAAUGAUAGAGUUAAAAUUGAAAAUAAUAUAAUACCUGAUAUUUUACUUCAUGAACUACUCCCACAGCUAAUAGCGUCAUUAGAUACUACCAAAAUAGUAAACUCUCGUCCAGUAACAAUACCGAAUAUGAUACCCAGAGUAGAACCGCAACCGGUGACAUUUUUGCGACAGGAGUACCUUUGGUUUAAGAUGUCUACAUGGCUAAAACAAGGUGACGUUAUUAUUUCUGAAUCUGGUACCUCAGCUAUUGGUCUCCUACAACAAAAAUUCCCAGAUAAUACUAGGCUAGUAUCCCAAGCAAUUUGGAAUUCAUCUGGUUAUUCUAUCGGUGCAUGCCUUGGAAUUUUGGCAGCAUAUCGCGAUAUGGGGACAUUGGAUAAGCAUAGGAUUAUAUUAAUGGUGGGUGAUGGGUCUUUACAAUUUACUUUCCAAGAACUAAGCACCAUAUUGACGCACGGUUUCAAACCUUACAUUUUUGUAAUAAAUAAUCAAGGUUAUACCGUUGACAGAACCUUGAAUAGAGAAAAGACCCAUCUGAACGCUACAUACUUCGAUAUCCAACCGUGGGAACUAUUAAAACUCCCGUCACUUUUCUAUUCCCAAGAGUAUUUCAAGAGAAGAUGUAUGUCGGUUGGGGAAUUGAAUAGUUUAUUAAGCGAUAAAGAGUUCAAUAAAUCCGAUCAGUUGAAAAUUGUAGAACUAAUCCUUCCAUCCAUGGAUGUUCCAGUACUACUCGAUCCACGGGAUGACAGUAGUGAUGAUGAAUCUUCUCCGCAGCAUAAAAGACCCAGAACGUGA